CUCUACCGUUGUUCAUUAGCAAUAUAAUUCAAAGCGUUUGCAAAUGGCUGCCAAACAUUCAAUGAUCAAGUUUGCUAUCUUCUUCACUGUUCUCUUGACGGCGACUAUCGUUGAUAUGUCUCGAACCUCCAAAGUGCAAGUUAUGGCUCUUCGACAGUUGCCAGCAGAAGCAUCAAUACUGAAAAUGAAGCUAUUUCCCGUUAAUAUGUUGGGAGGUUGUAGCGAUUAUUGUAACUCUAACAGUGACUGCGGUGGCAUUACUCUCUGCCAGUGGUGUUGGGAGAAGACAGAUUUCAAUGAUCAUAAGUACAGGUCAUGUAGCAUGUUGCCAUGAAAAAUAUCACAGAUUUCUCCACUCUGAAAAUUCAUGCUUUGGUUGCAAAUAUAUGGAGUAUCUGCUCUAAGUAUUUUUUUUUUGGUCGAACGAAAAACUUUUUAUAAAUCUCUUGUCAAACUUACAUCUCAAUUACAAUUAGUCUACUCUCUAAC